AAUCCACACACAGCCCCAGUGUAGGCAACUCUGUGUGGAUGGGAGAGUGUCUCCCGCCGACGUAACUAGCGUCUCUCACAGAGGUGGAGUUAUGGGGCGAGCUCUCUCCCGUCAGUUUAGAGGGUCUCCCCAGAUGUGCUACAGAGGUGCAGUGGUGCUGAUGUCAAUUUCUAGCGCAGACCUGCCCCUAAUCUCCUACCGUCUGUGAUGGUCAGGAUUCUUGGUUGGGAUCUAAGUCCUGGCUCGUUGGCUGGGGAGCUGGCAGGGCUGGAACCAGGCUGUUUGCUCGCUGCUUUCAAAGACAAACAGAAAAAAAGCCCUGCCAGCAGCUUUCACUUUCCAGAUUAUUCACCGUGCUCGGCGUCGGCGGGAGUGAGGCCACGAGAGCAACCGAGAACCGAACACAGAUGAUUCUGUAAGCUCUUUGCAGAGUUGAGGCACCUACGGCUCCCGGGAGGGAAGCCGGAGAUGAGAGAUCGGAACGAGCCUGGCGUUACGCCUGAGCUCUACCGGGGUGAGCCAGAGGAGAAUCGCGCCCUGCGCCUUCAUUCCUGACCUUCAGAUGAUCCCCUGGGGCAGGACCCAGCCCUUCAGAGCCCGUCCUGCCUUCGCCAUGACGAGAGUCAGCCUUGUUCGCUCACUUCACUGGACUGUGCUGUGGACUCUCUGCUGCAUUGCUGGAGAGGAGACAGCCAUCACAGCUCAGUAUGGGAAAGACGUCACCCUGACCUGCUUCUUCCCAUCCAAAUUCAAGAUAAGUUUCCAUCGACUGAGCAUCACCUGGACAAAGGAAGGAGCCCAGGGCCAGGGUGUCCUGGUUCACAGAUUCCAUCUGAAGAUGAAUUGGCUGCAGGGACAGGAAGAGGCUUACAGGGGCCGAACACAGUUAUAUCCACAGGAAUUCCCCCAGGGAAAUGCAUCCCUGAGACUCAGCGACGUUCGCCUCCAGGAUGAGGGAUCCUACCUCUGCAACAUCACCUGUGAGCUGGGAAGCUGGUCCCAGAAGAUUUCACUUAUAGUGCUAAGUGACAGUGAAAUGGAAAGGCCCCUCAUCGUUCAGCCAGGGAAGGACGUCAUCUUGAAUUGCUCAUUCCGGUCCGAGUUAAACCAUCGGCCACUGAACAUCACCUGGAAGAAGGAAGAAGAGGAGGGACCAGAUCUCCUGGUUCACAGCUACUGCUCUGAGCUGGACCCACUGGAAAAACAGGAUGAGGCUUACAGGGGCCGGACCCAGUUGUAUCCAGAGAGAUUCCAUGAGGGAAAUGCGUCGCUGAGACUCAAGAACAUCCGGCUGGAGGAUGACGGGGUCUACACCUGCCAUGUCAAGCCCCAACUGGGCAGGUUUUCUGUGCGGAUGAGAGUGGCCGUGGAGAAGGAUGCUGAGCUUGUCCAGAGCCCACCCACACUGUGCAGUCUGUGGUGGAUUGAUCUGGUCUUGUUACUGGGGAUAUUAGCAUUUGCUCUGUUUCGAAUGUAUUAUCCUUCCCUGUGGAAACUGCGGCUGAACAAAAAGGUGCCUAGAAGUGAGUCCCAGCAGACUGUGUCUGACCAUAAAGACGACAAAGAGGAGAACAAACAUCUGCUCGGGACACCCUCAUCAGCCUCCAUGAGGCUAGGAGUGGCCAAUCCCACCCACAGUCCACCUGCGCAUUCCUCCCUGGGGCAGACUGCCAAAGACAUGGAAGAACCAAAGGCUUCUCGUGGAGUUCAAAUAGUACCUACAUUGAUUUCUAUAAUGCAGCGGUGGGCUUUGGAAUACACUAGGUUAAAUAUCGCCAUUAUGGGAGAGCGAGGCUGUGGGAAAUCAUCCUUCAUUAACGCCAUGCGGGGACUAUGUGAUGAAGAUGAAGGUGCUGUUCCAGUCGGCGAGGAAGAAACGAUGAUGGAACCAACAGCUUAUCAGCAUCCCAAACACCCAAGCGUGACUUUCUGGAGACUGCCAAUAAGUGGGACAGAAGAUUUUCAGCCAGAGGCAUACCCUCAGCAGCUGAAAUUUGUCCGCUAUGACUUCUUCGUCAUCAUGGGUUUAGAGCAAUUCACACCUACACAUGUUGAGUUGGCCCAGGAGAUCCAGAACACAGGGAAGAUGUGUUACUUUGUGCGCUCCAAGGUGGAUGCAGAUUUGGAUGCUGAAAGACAUAGCCGGCCCACCACCUAUGAUGAGGAGGAAAUACUGCAUAACAUCCGUAACCACUGCAUCAGAUACCUGGAAGAGGGAGGGAAGAUCAAUCCUGAGGUUUUCCUCCUCUCCGCGUUUAAGUUAGAGAAGUAUGAUUUUCCCUUCUUGCGAGAGAACAUGGAGAAAGCACUCCCGGGUGACAAGAACAGGGCUUUGAUACUGGCCCUGCCCAACACCUCUCCGCAAACCUUGCAGAAGAAAAAGGAAACCUUGCAGAAGCAGAUCUGGAAAAUAGCUCUUGUGUCUUCUCUUAUCACGGUUAUUCACAUACCCGGUGUCUCCACCAUUCUUGAUAUAACCAUCCUGCUGAUACUCAUGAGAUAUUAUUGCCAGGUCUUUGGCCUGGAUGAUGUCUCCUUCAUGGCUCUCACGAGGCAGUUUGGCAAACCGGCGGAAGAGCUGAAGGCCAUUACAAAGCCCCUGCUGGCCAAGGAAAUUACUAUUAACAUGGUCUUGCAGCUCUUGUCCUCGGUUGGGUGCGGCAUAUUCAUAGGAGCUGAUUUGUCUCUGUGGCCUUUAGGGGUGCUAGGAUUCAUGCUGUCUGGAGGAGCUGCAGGCAUAGGUCUCUUGGCAGCUGGUGGAAUUUCAUUGGCUACCACGUAUAUCCUGCUGAAAACCUUCCUCAAUGGUGCUGCUGAAGAUGCCCAAAGAAUCCUACAGGAGCUAAGUCCACAUGACAACAGGGAACGCUAACGAAGCUAACGAGACGACGCAAACGAGGAAGGAUUUCCAGGACCGGCAUCUAAAUGUUCAGGGCACAUGCUUCACGAGUACCAUGUGCUUAUUCUGCUGUUCUUGUCCCUGUUCUGGUCCUUCCUUUUGAAGCUCUCCUGGUGUAAACCUCCAGCGUGUAACUCCCCCAGCUUCCACUUGACACUGGGACUGGGCUGAGGUUGUCACACCAGAGGGGCUUAGAUUGGAAGAACCAGCAUCAUAAACCCGGGUCAACAGAUGAAUAGUGAAAUGUAGGUGUGUGGGAAAGAGGCUGGUUCACAGUCUGAGUCCUUUCAUGUAUUCCCAGCCCAGGCACCCUUCUACUUCCCUUCCUACCGUUCUUUCUUUCUUAUAUUGUUUCUUUUCCUGUGAUCUAUUUAUGGUACACCAACACUUAUUAAAGAUCCCAGCUGGGAUCAAGGCCCCAUCAUGCCAUGCACUGCCCAGACACAGCCAGAGACAGGUCCUACCCCUAAGAGUUUACAAAGGGACAAAAGGUGGGAGGGGAAAUGGAGACACAGAGCAAGACCCCAAGCAGGCCAGAAACACACCCUGCAUCUCCUGACUCCAAGGGUAGUGGGCUAAAAAACCACAUCCCUCACUUCCUCUCUCAGUCUUCCAGCUCCACCUCCUUGUUCUCCAGCAGCAGGCCAUGCUGCCUGGGACAGCACAUUCCUGGGGAGCUGGGCUGCACAGGUCCUGCCAUCUCAGCUCAGUGGCAGCACUACAGGACAAGAGAAAUCUGGGCCUGUCAGCUGAGCCAUCUGUGUGGUCUGCCAUGGGGGCUACUGCUGCUUUCCCUGCAGCCCUAGAGAUGCAUUUUCACAGUGGGGGCAGAGCCGGGGCCUGCAAAUUUCUGCUCCCUUGUGUUGUUUGCCUCUGUCCCAAGUCCCCUCUCAUGUCCCCCACCCCCACCCCCGGACUCAGGGGUGCUAUUUCAGAUUUUGGUGGUGGAGGGUGUGUGUGUGUGUGUGUGUGUGUGUGUGUGUGUGUGUGUGUGAACUUUACUCAUGAUUCCAAGGGCUACUUUCUGCUGUAUCAAUAGUCCACAGUCACCUAAAAAUUAGCCCCAAAGUAGCUCAAUCUAUUUUUUUUUAUUAACACCUUUAAAAAGAAUCACUAUCUAGAGUGUAAUUCAAUGAUGGAAGUUAGCAGCAUACGGAUCCAUAACAAACAUUUUGGCAGCCAAAUCUUACAAAUUGUUCAGAUUGGUUUGGGUUUAUGUGCACGUGUAAGGGGACUGUUAUCCCCUUACUAACACUCAGUGGGGUGUUUUGGUCGCUAGCUCCCAGUACGAAAAGGGGAAGGGUCCAGGGGAAAUCAGGGGCCUGAGACUGACAGUCCCCAGGGGGAACGGGGAAAGGCCAAGGCUCCAGAACAGCCUGAUGGACGGGGCGGGCAGGCUAAUCAGGGAGUCAGGAGGCCAGGGGGGUCCUGUCCACCUAGUGAGUUGGAGUUGCCUGCAUCAGAGAGAGUCAGGCCGAGCUAAGGAGAGAGCAGGGGCCCGAGCUGAGCUGGGGAGCAGAGCCGGGCCAGAUCCAGAGGGGCCAGAAAAACAGCCCAGAGAGAACAGACCUGCCCCGGGGGAGAAGUGCAGCCCCAAAGCCAGAGCACAGCUCAUAGAGAGCAGAUCCUGUGCCGGGAGCAGAGCUGCAGCAGCCAGAGCCAGAGGGGCCAGAGAAGUAGCUCAGGGGGCUGGAGGCAGAGCAACAGUAGCCGUGCUGAGGCAGUGUGGAGCUGGGGCUGGAGCAGUCCGGAGCUGGGUGCAGUGAGCAGCUGGGGAGAGCAAGGGGGACCCUGGGCAGUGGGCCCAGCACAGGGAGACGCCUCAGCCAAGAGGCCCCGCAGGCCGGACUUGCAGGGGGAUCGUAACCCCGACAGGGUGGGGGCAACGCUGGGAAGAAGGGUCCUGCCACCUAGAGCCUGAGAGUGUGUGGCCACUGCCAGAGCAAGUAUCCGACCCACAGCAUCCCUGCAGCACAGCCAGGGCCUGAGAAGGAGCCUGGGACCUACAAGGAACAGACUGUGAAGUGUCUGGAUAUUCCAGAAAAACUGUGAUGGUCCCUGCCACAGAGCAGAUUUAUGUAUUUCCUUGAACCUUUCCCAUUUCUCCUUAUUCCUUUUAAAAUUAAUUGUUAAUGAAAUAAACUGUAUUGCUUUAAAUUGUAUGAAAUGAUCAGUGGGUCAGGGAAGUGCCCAAUGCAGAGAGAGCACCCUGGAGUGGGGACACCCUAGCCCCUGCCCUAAGUGACCACAGCAGGGUUGGGGGUCGAGCCCCCCAGGAAUUAUAGAACUAAACUAAUGUUGUAUGUAAAGUAAAUAAGGGUUUUUAAAUGUUUAAGAAGCUUCAUUUAAAAUUAAAUUAAAAUGCAGAGCCCCCUGGACGGGUGGCCAGGACCUGGGCAGUGUGAGUGCCACUGAAAAUCAGCUUGCGUGCCGCCUUCAGCACAUGUGCCAUAGGUUGCCAACCUCUGCGGUAUACCCAUGGGCUAAGGCAGUCCACUAUGGAGUAAGGGCCUAUCCAUUUUCAUUCCAGUGAGUGAUCCCUUUUCCUCAUUUUAAGGUUCAUCACUUGGUCCUCUGUUUCCCACAGGGCUGCUUUGUGGGCUUUUGUUAUUGAAUUUUGUUGUUCAUGUGUUCGAUGAUCUGGUUAACCGGACACUGGAGGGUGGUUUUAUUUUCUCAUAACCAUUUGAGCCAUUGAAAAUAAUCAUGCUGGGUUAUAUUAGAGCUCUCUUCUUCACCUCAUUACCAGGUAACUAGGAUGAAUCACUAGGGUCAUUGGAUGUCCAAACAGAAUUUGAAAGGGUUGAAUUUUUGUCCUUAGUCUAUUACUGCUGCGGAUGGCAGCUGAAAUCAGAUGGAGUUUAUCUGGCCAGUCUUUUCCUGUGUGAUUUACUACCUUCCAGAGCACUUCCUUAAUAGUGCGUUCAUGCCUCUCCUUGGCCUGAGGACUGAGGCCGGUCUGGUGUAUGGAGCUUUUGUU